CGGGGGUUGGGCUGGAGCCCGGAAGGUGCGCCGCCCCGCCCCGGGCAUGUCUCCUCGACCUACCCUCGCGUGAAAGUGAAAGUGUCGGGGCCAGCGGAGGUAGAGGAUUGGGGGGCGGGGCCGCCGCGGACCCUGGAGCGGGCGCCGGGCACCGGAGGGGCCAUGGAUGGGCUCGGCCGCCGCCUCCGAGCCAGCCUGAGACUGAAGCGCGGCCGUGGGGAAUCUUCCCAGGACAAUACAGGGGAAGCUGUAAAGGAACUGGAAAGGGCCCAGGAGCUCCCUCCACCCAAGCCCUUUGGAGGACAGCACUUCUUUGAGUACCUUCUUGUGGUUUCUCUCAAACAAAAGCGUUCCGGGGAUGAUUAUGAGCCUACAAUCACCUACCAGUUUCCCAAGCGGGAGAACCUGCUACGGGGCCAACAGGAGGAGGAGGAACGGCUGCUCAGUGCCAUCCCCUUGUUCUGCUUCCCAGAUGGGAAUGAGUGGGCACCUCUCACUGAGUAUCCCAGGGAGACAUUCUCCUUCGUUCUGACCAACGUGGACGGGAGCAGGAAGAUUGGAUACUGCAGGCGCGUCUUGCCUGCUGGCCGCGGCCCUCGCCUUCCCAAAGUGUACUGCAUCCUCAGCUGCAUCGGCUGCUUCGGCUUGUUCUCCAAGAUCCUGGAUGAAGUGGAGAAGCGGCAUCAGAUCUCCACGGCGGUCAUCUACCCGUUCAUGCAGGGCCUCCGAGAGGCGGCCUUCCCUGCUCCUGGGAAGACUGUCACCCUCAAGAGCUUCAUCCCUGACUCAGGCACUGAGUUCAUCUCCCUGACACGGCCCCUGGAUUCCCACCUAGAGCACGUGGACUUCAGUUCUCUGUUACAGUGUCUCAGUUUUGAGCAGAUUCUGCAGAUCUUUGCCUCUGCGGUGUUUGAGAGAAGAAUCAUUUUCCUGGCAGAAGGCCUCAGCACCCUCUCCCAGUGCAUCCACGCCACUGCUGCGCUGCUCUACCCCUUCAGCUGGGCGCACACCUACAUCCCUGUCGUCCCCGAGAGCCUUCUGGCCACCGUCUGCAGCCCCACCCCAUUCAUGGUUGGAGUGCAAAUGCGGUUUCAGCAGGAGGUUAUGGACAGCCCCAUGGAAGAGGUCCUGCUGGUCAAUCUUUGUGAAGGAACCUUUUUAAUGUCGGUUGGUGAUGAAAAAGACAUUUUACCACCCAAACUUCAGGAUGACAUCUUAGACUCUCUUGGUCAGAAGACCGAAGAGUUACAGACUUCAGAACAAAUCAAUGAACAUGUUUCAGGCCCGUUUGUGCAGUUCUUUGUCAAGACGGUGGGCCACUAUGCUUCCUAUAUCAAGCGGGAGGCAAAUGGGCAUGGCUCCUUCCAAGAACGGUCAUUCUAUAAGGCUCUGACCUCCAAGGCCAGCCGCCGAUUCGUGAAGAAGUUUGUGAAGACACAGCUCUUCUCCCUGUUCAUCCAAGAAGCUGAAAACAGCAAGAAACCUCCUGCAGGCUAUUUCCAGCGGAAAAUACUUGAAUAUGAGGAACAAAAGAAACAGAAGAAACCAGGGAAAAGGUUGUGAAAUAAGAACUGUGGUGAACAGGUGUGAAGAGACCUACAGGCCAUUUCUGGACUCGGGCCCCUGCUAGCAUGGCAGGCUCAGUGAUGCUCUCCACCCCAGUGUCCACAGCCUCCGAGUCCUGGUAACCAGGUCUUGCUUCAAGCUGGUGUCAGAGUUUGGGAUCCCUGGAAUUAACUUUCUCAGGACUUUGGAGGGCUCUGGCCCCUGUGCUUACAGAGCUGGACUGAAAGCUGCGUUUUUUGCAGAGGUGACACAGCAAGGAGACAGUAGUACAGAUGUUAUAGAGGCUUGGUUAGAAGUUGUUGCAACUGGCCUCUCCCAGGAACCACUAGUACAAAACCCUCAAGCAGAGAAAGCAGUUGUGGCCCCAAGGCUCAGCUCUUCAAUACGAAAAUGGUCUGUGGACAUGUGAGAAUGAGAAUAAAGAUGAAAACCUUCUUGCUA